AUGGAACUUUACUUAAUGCCACAGAUGCUUACCCAUCAGCAAAAAAUUGAUUCACCUAGAGAUACUAUAAUAUGGGAAACUAAUAACUGGUAUCUUUUUUCCACAAAAACUAUGGUAAUUCCAGUUUUUAAUGGAAAGGCUAUAUUUUUAUUAACAACCUUUAGAACAGAUCCAUUAUGA